AUGUCCGACGAAAUCGUCUGGCAGGUGAUUAACCAGCAAUUCUGCUCCUACAAACUCAAAACCACCAAGGAGCAAAAUUUCUGUCGCAAUGAAUACAACGUGACAGGCCUUUGCAACCGGCAAUCCUGCCCACUCGCCAACUCCCGCUACGCAACUGUCCGGGCAGACCCCGAGACUGGAGUCAUGUACCUGUAUAUGAAGACAAUUGAACGAGCACACAUGCCAAAUAAAUGGUGGGAGCGCGUCCGUCUGUCAUCAAACUACGCCAAAGCCUUGGAACAACUAGAUGAGCGACUCCUCUACUGGCCGAAGUUCCUGACGCACAAGUGCAAGCAGCGUCUCACCCGGCUGACGCAGGUGAAUAUUCGAAUGCGCAAUAUCGCCAAGGAAGACGAGCGUCUCGGCGAGAGAGUUGUGCCCAAACUCGCACCUAAGAUUCGUCGUCGUGAAGAGACUCGUGAACGGAAGGCUCUUUCUGCAGCUAAGGUUGAGCGGGCGAUUGAGCGGGAACUGAUUGAGCGUCUUCGCAGUGGUGCGUACGGUGAUCAGCCGCUUAAUGUUGAUGAGGGGAUUUGGAAGAAGGUUCUGCGUGGUCUGGAGCGUGCUGGUGAUGGGCAGCGGGAUGAGGAUCUUGAUGAUGGGGAGGAACUUGAGGAAGAGGAGGAAGAGGGUGUGGGUGAGGUGGAGUAUGUUUCUGAUCUGGAUGAGGAGGAGGAUUUGGAAGAUAUUGAGGAUUGGCUUGGUGAGGGCUCGGGCGGCUCUAGUGAUGAGGAGUCUGAGGAUGAGAGCGAUGAUGAGGACAGUGAUGAGGAUAUGGCUUCUAGUGAGGAUGAUAAGAAGCCAAAGCCUGGUUCUAAGCGGAAGCUUCCUGCGCCUACGGCCAAGCCGCGCAAGAAGGGUCCUCGUAUCGAGAUCGAGUACGAGACCGAGGGCGCUGGCAAGGAGCAGGUCAUGGCUUAA